AAAAAGAAAAAAACACAAACAAGGCUUUAUUAAAAGAAUCCGGUGAGCGCUCUGAAGCCUAACCUACGCACACACCUUCUCAGCUCCCCGAACUCUACAGUCUACUGCUACUGAUCAGCGUAUUUAAUGGAUCUGUUGCUGCAGCAACAGCCUUUUUUAUCGCCUGCAAGCUUAAUUACAGCCAACUGCAACUACACCGGCACCCACUCAUAACUCUCUUCUUCUCUCGUCGAUUCUCGUGCGUCCGAUCUUCCGAUCCCCAUUUCCUGCAUCCCGUCUAUGUCAUUUCCGGAACACCUUUUGAGGUGGCCCGCGCUCUCCAUCUCCGAUCCGAAACCUACACAUCUCAAAUGUAACAGCCCGAUACUCUCUAUCCGCUACACUUUGAGAUCGUUUCGGUUUCGGCUUCGCUUCUGAUAUCUUCCUGUCUCUCUCACUCUCUCUCUGCAUUUCCUUUUUAUUGAUUUUCUCCCGAGAUGAAUCCUCUCUGCUGCAUUGCGCCCGUCUCGCUCGAUCGCGGAGACCGUGGCAAUCCCCCGCCGUUGAUGUUCGACGGUUCCGUUAGGAGUAACGGUUUCCGUCAAGUCCCGUCGACUGCUGACACGGAGCCUGCGGCGAAUCGCGAGACGGAAGAGGCGGCGUUGGCAGUGGCAGCGACAGAGGGGAGGGAUUCGAAGGGGUGUUGCAGCAACAAUGGCGUCAUUGCCGGGAUUCUUUACAAGUGGGUGAAUUACGGGAAGGGGUGGCGGUCGCGGUGGUUCGUGCUGCAGGAUGGGGUGCUCUCGUACUACAAGAUCCAUGGGCCUGACAAGAUCUCGGUGGGGGCCGCGAGCGAGAAGGGCGUCCGGGUGAUUGGAGAGGAUUCGUUGCGGUACAUGAGGAAGCAUGCAAUGCGUGCGUCCACCAAGCGGUGGAAACCUUUCGGCGAGAUCCAUCUUAAGGUUUCUUCAAUUCGUUCGAGUAAGUCGGAUGAUAAAAGGCUUUCCAUAUUUACUGGCACGAAGACUCUUCACUUGCGAUGUGAAUCUAGAGAGGAUCGGGGUACAUGGAUUGAGGCUCUACUGGCUGCUAAAGAUCUUUUUCCUCGAGUUCUGACAAGCAGUGAUUUUACACCUUCUGAGGAUAUCAUUGUUUCAACGGAGAAGCUACGAUGCCGAUUACUGCAGGAAGGUCUGAGUGAAGCAGUUGUUAAAGACUGUGAAUCUAUUAUGCUAUUCGAGCUCUCUGAGCUGCAAAAUCAGUUGAAUUCUCUUCAACGAAAGCAUAUUGUCCUUCUUGACUCACUUAGGCAGUUAGAGACAGAGAAAGUAGAGCUGGAAACUACUGUUGUAGAUGAAACAAAGGAGCGGGAAUCUUAUAUAGGACAAGGGAAUGGAAGAUUCAGUGAUUUCUAUUCGAUCUUGUCAGAGGGCAGUGCUACUGAUUCUGAUGCAGAUAAUGAAAGUCAAGAUGGCGUGGAUGGAGAAACAGAUGAGGAUGAUAGGAUAUUUUUUGAUACAAGGGAUUUUCUGUCUUCAGAUUCUCUAAGAAGUGCUUCCUAUCGUAGUAGGGAAAUUAUGGGACAUGCCUUCAAUGGUUUAGCAUAUGACAAGGAAUCCUGCUUCUCUGACAAUAUAAAUGAGGUUAAUGCGAUGAUUAAAACCAUUGAGUAUCCCUAUGUUAAAAGAAGAGACAAAUUACCUGAGCCGAAGGAAAAAGAAAAGCCAGUUGGCCUAUGGUCGAUAAUCAAAGAAAAUAUUGGAAAGGACCUGUCUGGAGUUUGUCUGCCUGUUUAUUUCAAUGAGCCACUUUCUUCCUUACAAAAGUGCUUUGAAGAUUUGGAGUACUCCUACUUGGUUGAUCGAGCGUUGGAAUGGGGCAAGCAGGGGAACAGCUUGAUGAGAAUUCUAAACAUAGCAGCUUUUGCUGUAUCUGGUUAUGCUUCAACUGAAGGUCGUCAGUGCAAGCCUUUCAACCCUCUUCUUGGAGAGACAUAUGAGGCUGAUUACCCUGACAGAGGUCUCCGCUUCUUCUCUGAAAAGGUGAGUCACCACCCGAUGAUUGUUGCUUGUCACUGUGAUGGCAGAGGGUGGAAAUUCUGGGCAGACUCUAAUCUGAAGGGCAAGUUUUGGGGGCGAUCUAUCCAACUUGAUCCUGUUGGUGUUCUCACCCUCCAGUUUGAAGAUGGAGAGACAUUUCAAUGGAGCAAGGUCACCACAUCUAUCUACAAUAUCAUACUUGGUAAGAUCUACUGUGACCACUAUGGUACCAUGCGCAUCCGAGGCAAUGGCAAUUAUUCCUGCAAGCUCAAGUUCAAGGAGCAGUCCAUCAUUGACCGAAAUCCGCAUCAGGUGCAAGGAUUUGUGCAAGACAAUAGGACAGGAAACAAGGUGGCAAUGUUGGUGGGGAAGUGGGAUGAGGCCAUGUAUUAUGUGCUGGGAGAUCCUAGCACUAAGCCAAAGGGGUAUGAUCCCAUGUCAGAGGCUGUACUUCUGUGGGAACGACACAAAUCUGUCACCCAAACACGAUACAACCUCACGCCGUUUGCUAUCUCCUUGAAUGAGUUGACUCCUGGCCUGCUGGAGAGGUUGCCUCCAACUGAUUCUAGGCUCAGGCCAGAUCAGAGGCACUUAGAGAACGGUGAAUAUGAGAUGGCAAACACAGAAAAGCUCAGGCUUGAACAGUCGCAAAGACAGGCGAGGAAGUUGCAGGAAAGGGGAUGGCAGCCUAGGUGGUUCCGGAAAGAUAAGGAUGAUGACUGUUAUCGGUAUGUGGGCGGGUACUGGGAAGCAAGAGAGAAAAAGAAAUGGGAUGGGAUUCCCGAUAUAUUUAUCCAGAGUGAUGGUCCCACAUGUGUAGAGAUGUCGCAUCAUUGCGAGGAGUCAUCUAGUGCUUCCUCAAGCCAUGCCAUCUUUUCUUGUUGUUCCUCGUGACCCCGAGAUCCCUGUCGGUGGGCUUCUCCACAGUGUUUCAGAUCUGGCGAUCGUCCCUUGCGACAUGCGCGCUCAUUGUCCCACCAUGCCACCACUGGGACCACUGCUCUGAGGUUGCACUUUAGGGGCUUAUGGCUUAGAUUGAAUUAUUAGACUGAGCCCUUUUAUAUGCCAUUAUGGGACGUGUUGGACUGCUCAGCAUUUGUCUGCCUCCUCUAUGUUCGGAUGUCUUAAGGGACAACGAUCUUCUUACUGUGUUGCUUGAAUG